CUGCCAUGUAGGCUUCGGACAUGUGAAAAUGCUACUUGGACUUUAGCAAUUUUUUUAUUUAUGUUUGUUUUUUUCAGAGGACAUUUUUAUGUUAAGGAAAUGCCAAGUCUGGUCACAAGCAUGCAGCACUGUGGAGAUCAAGGAAGAUAAUUCAACUCAGCUGCUGAGGCCUUAAACCUGAGACCUAGACUCUUACUACAGAGAACCUGCAGUUCCCUUUUGACACCUGGAACACUGAGAGCAACUCACAGCUCCUGGGGAGGAUUAUGCCAUUGUAGCUGACAACUUGAGCUUCUUCAGCAUACAACGGCUACAAGGCAAAGUCAGUCCUGCUCCCCUUACACACGGCAGGAACCAUGGAUGACCCCUAUCACAACAACGUGAACCAGCAGGUGACAGAGGGUGGAGAGUACACCUACACCCAGGAUGGAGGAGGUCACGAUGGCUACCCUUACCAGACGGAUUACCCUCCGCAGGAUGAGGACGCUGCUAGUGAUGCCACUGAAGGGGCAGAUGACGAUGAUCAGAUGUAUGAGGGGGAGUACCAGGGUGUCCCCCACCCCGACGAGAUCAAGGAGGCACGACGGGCAGCUCGGAUGGAGGCCAGGAGGAAAGCCCGUCUGAAUGCGCAGCAGGAAGAAGAGGAGGAAAACCUGCCAGAGCAAUACGAGACCAUCAUGGAGGACUGCGGCCAUGGGCGCUUCCAGUGGAUGCUGUUCUUCGUGCUGGGCCUGGCGCUAAUGGCCGACGGAGUGGACAGCUUUGUGGUGGGCUUCGUCCUGCCCAGUGCCGAGAAGGAUAUGUGCAUAUCCAACGCUGACAAAGGAUUGCUGGGUCUGCUGGUGUAUGUGGCCAUGAUGGUGGGGGCGUUGGUGUGGGGGGGUCUGUGUGAUAAGAUGGGGAGGAGGAAGUGUCUGAUCUACGUACUGACUAUCGACCUGGUCUUCUCCUUCCUGUCCUGCUUUGCUCAGGGCUACGGCUUCUUCCUCUUCUUCAGGUUCUGCUCAGGCUUCGGAAUUGGUGGCUCCAUCCCGAUAGUGUACACCUACUUCACCGAGUUUCUACAGAUGGAUAAACGUGGAGAACAUCUGAGCUGGCUCUGCAUGUUCUGGAUGCUUGGAGGCUUGUACGCCUCCUUCACUGCCUGGGGAAUCAUCCCUCACUAUGGCUGGGGCUUUGCCAUCGGUACAGAGUUCCAGAUCCACAGUUGGAGACUGUUUAUUCUGGUGUGUCUCUUCCCUGCGCUGGCUGCACUCAUCGGAAUCAUCUUCAUGCCAGAGAGUCCACGUUUCCUCCUGGAGAAUGCCCGACACGACGAGGCCUGGAUGGUCCUGCGACAAGUUCAUGACACCAACUGGAAGGCCAAGGGGGAGCCAGAGAGGGUUUUCACGGUGACCAGCAUUAAGACCCCACAGACUCAGGAGGACGAGUUCAUAGAGAUCCAGAGUGACACUGGCACCGCCUUUCAGCGCUGGACCGUCAGACACAUGACCAUGCUGCAACAGGUGAUGGCCAACAUAAUGUCAUUAUCAGCUCCAGAGCUCAGACUGCAAGGCCUCUUCCUGGUUAUUGUCUGGUUCUGCUUGGCCUUCAGCUACCACGGGCUGGGAGUAUGGUUCCCUGAUAUGAUCAAGUACAUGCAGUAUGAGGAAUACGAGUCGAAGGUUCGAGUGUUCCACCGGGAACGGGUCGAACGUUUCCACUUCAACUUCUCUCUGGUCAACCAGAUCCACCGCGAGGGAGAGUACAUCCAUGACAAGUUUGCAAACAUUGAGAUUAAGUCUGUUAAGUUUGAGGAUUCUCUGUUUGAGAACUGCUACUUUGAGGAUGUAAAGUCAACCAACACCUUCUUUGAGAACUGCACCAUCAAAAACACUGUCUUCUAUAACACAGACCUCUGGCAGGAGAAGUUCAAAGAUUGUCGGAUGGAGAACAACACCUUCCUCCACCCAAAGAAAGGCUGCCACCUGAACUUCCAGGAAGAGAACGACAUUGUCAUCUACAUUGUCAGCUUCCUGGGCAGUUUGGCUGUGUUGCCUGGCAACAUCAUCUCAGCAUUAUUCAUGGAUAAGAUAGGAAGGAUCAGGAUAAUAGGUGGUUCUAUGCUGGCAUCGUCUGCCUGUACUUUCCUGCUGCUGUUAAGUUUCAGUCAAGGAGCUGUAAUAUGUUGGCAGUGUCUCUUCUACGGGGUCAGCGUGGCAGCCUGGAACGGACUUCAGGUCAUUUCUGUUGAGCUCUAUCCCUCCUCUAAAAGAGGGACAGCGUUCGGUAUCCUGAAUGGGAUCUGUAAGCUUGCGGCCAUCAUUGCCAGCUUCAUCUUUGCAGCCUUCAUCGGCAUCACUAAGAUCAUCCCCAUCUUCCUGGCCUUCGCCGCCCUCGUCUGCGGAGGUCUGGUGGCUCUCAAGCUGCCCGAAACCCGGGAGAAAAUCCUGUCAUGAAAAGCCAAACUCCUGCAGCCCAGGCCCCAAACACAGUAUAGCUACGGUGAUAGCUUUGUGGAAAAGUAUCAGCUGAAACGGAAAUGGAAAGACAAGGAAGAAAGGCCAAGCUGUGCUAGCUGUGUUUAUGAGUCUGUCAUGGUUGUGUGAUUAAUCAUGUUGAAAACCUGUUUGGUUGCCUACAUGGACCUGUGGUUGCUUUCUGUUCCCCCUGUAAGCUCCUCAAGCUGCCCAGCUUUUCUGACACUUCAUAUGAAACUAGUGUUUGUCAUUUCCUUUUUAUCAUUUACUGCCCAUCCCUCUGUGCAAACACAUUUACACACAGUGUAGCAACAUUUGUUUUGUUCGAGGUUUGUGUAAAAGAAAGAUUAAUAUGAGAUGAAAAUGUGUCUGUACUUGAAAGGUGAUGUAGUUCAUGUUACCAUGUUGUGCUUUGAUUUCAUUCCCCACUGGAAAAAAAAGGAGAGACCUAGGUAUGUAAGUUGUGGUCCUGAGUGAACUUGGAUUUGAAGCCUGUUGUAAUCACUGCCGAGGCUCAGCAGCAAUAUCACUGCUGGUGUUGUUAUUCAGAGAAAAUACCUCUUUCCUUCACCCAGUUUUUAUUUGUGCUGCACUGUCCUGUGCUGUCUGUAGUCUUCUUUAGUACACGUUAUUGCUUGGUUUGUUCUCGCUAGACAUAAACCUGGAUUGACCAUU